GCAUUCCCGGCGGCGCGGAGCGGCGCGGAGCAGCGCGGAGCUGUGCGCACCCGGUGCGCGCCCCGGUGCGGGAUGCGGGCCCCGCGGCACCGCCAGCGGCCGCGCCAGCGGAAAACCCGCGGAGCGGCGCGGCUGGCCCCGCCAGGGUUCAGCACAAUGAGUCGGCACCCUGGGCAUUAGCAGUGUGAAGAGCCCGGGACAGGAGCUGCCCUGCUCGCACCUCGCCCCACCGCUGCUUCCCCUCGGGGAGACGGGUGCCGGCCCCUGCCCUGCCCUCGCGCCCCUUGCCCCCGCUCACCGCAGAGGGGACGGGCCCGGUAUGGCCGGGGACAGGCUGCCACGCAAAGUGAUGGAUCCGAAGAAGCUGGCCAGCCUCCUGAGGAACGGGGCAGAGGGCACCCUGGUCAUCGACAGCCGCUCCUUCGUGGAGUACAACUCCUGGCACGUCCUCAGCUCUGUCAACAUCUGCUGCUCCAAGCUGGUCAAGAGGCGGCUCCAGCAGGACAAGGUCUCCAUCACGGAGCUCAUCCAGCCCGCCUCCAAGAUGAAGGUGGAGGCAGAGGAGCACCAGGACGUGGUGGUCUACGACCAGAGCACGCGGGACGUGACCGGCUUGGCCGCCGACAGCUUCCUCUCCAUCCUCCUGGGCAAGCUGGACAGCUGUUUCCACAGCGUCUCCAUCCUCACAGGAGGCUUUGCCACCUUCUCGUCCUGCUUCCCGGGGCUCUGCGAGGGGAAGCCCGCUGCCAUCCUGCCGAUGAGCAUCUCCCAGCCGUGCCUGCCCGUGGCCAAUGUCGGCCCCACGCGCAUCCUGCCGCAUCUCUACCUGGGCUCCCAGAAGGAUGUCCUGAACAAGGACCUGAUGACGCAGAACGGGAUAAGCUACGUCCUCAACGCCAGCAACUCCUGUCCCAAGCCAGACUUCAUCUGUGAUAGUCACUUCAUGCGCAUUCCUGUCAAUGACAACUACUGUGAGAAGCUGCUUCCCUGGCUGGACAAAUCCAUUGAAUUCAUUGACAAGGCCAAGGUGUCAAGCUGCCAGGUGAUUGUGCACUGCUUGGCAGGGAUCUCCCGGUCAGCCACCAUUGCCAUCGCCUACAUCAUGAAGACCAUGGGUAUGUCGUCAGACGAUGCUUACAGGUUCGUUAAGGACCGCCGCCCAUCGAUCUCACCCAACUUUAACUUCCUGGGCCAGCUCCUGGAGUACGAGAGGAGCCUGAAGCUCCUCAAGGCCCUGAAAGCCCAGGGCGACCGGGGCGACGGAGAGACCCUGCAGGACCCAGCCGAGGUGUCUGAGGGCGGCAGGCACCCCGCACCGUCUACCUCAGAGAAGGUCGAGGAGGCACCAAGAAGCACAACCUCCGCAUCCCCACCCAGCGACCCCGAGAGGCAAGGUGGGCCUCCCAAGAUCUUGUCGCCCACAGCGCUGCAGCAGGGACUCAACGGCUUGCACCUCUCCUCGGAGCGCAUCCAGGACACCAACCGCCUGAAACGCUCCUUCUCCCUGGACAUCAAAUCUGCCUACUCCCCCGGCCUGCGGCAGGACCCCCCGGGCCCUCCCAGCACCGGGGAGGCCCCCAAGCUCUGCAAGCUGGACAGCCCCUCGGGGCCAAACGGCCAGUUCUCCCCGGUGCCCGACAGCCCCGACCGGCCCAGCGGGCCCGACCUCCUGCUGGAGGCCAAGGUGAGGCAGCGGCGCAAACACCGGCACGCGGCGGGCUCACCGGCCCACGGGCUCAGCCUCAACGUCGGCACGGCCCGCAAGAGCCCUGGGACAGAGGACAGCCUCCAGCAGCCACCGAGGCUCAGCCUUCCCGGCCCACCGCCAUCCUCCAAUGGCUCCUGGGGGGGUGUCCACCUGGAGUCCCCCAGCACCCCGUCCUCCGAGGGAGGCUGGUACUUUGGCACGGACUCAGCCGGUGGUGGCGGCAGUGGUGGUGGCGGUAGCACCAACGGUGGGACGUUGUUCACUGGCACCAGCCCGUAUCCCCCGUUCGGGUGCAACGGGGUGCCGGGGGGCUGCGAGAUCAGACUGAGGGACAAGCAGCGGGCAGAGGCACGGGACGGGAGGCACAGCUGGCACGAGGAGGCCGGCGCCGAGAAGCAGUUCAAGAGGAGGAGCUGCCAGAUGGAGUUCGAGGAGACCAUGUCUGAGGGCAGGUCCCGGGAAGAGCUGGGCAAAAUAGGCAAACAGUCAAGCUUUUCGGGCAGCAUGGAGAUCAUUGAGGUGUCCUGACACCCAUCACGGGUGCUUGGAGAGCAACGGGGGGUGGGGGGGGGAUAUUUAAGAUGGGGAGAGAUGUGGGGAGGGCGGGUGGGGAGUAUUUAUACCCGUGUGUGCAUUUUCGGGAGCGCACAUGCC